AUGAGCAUUGUUGGUCUUUGGCCCGAACCAUACUCUAAGACACACCAUUUGGAAACUUGCAAGGCUGCAAUAGUUCUAUUCCUUGUAAUACUUUUUGGAACGGGUCCUCAAACCACCAAUUUAUUUUUCAUAUGGGGAGACAUUGAACUGAUAAUUGAAAAUUUGUGCUCAGCUAAUAUCCCCGCUUUAAAUGUGCUGUUGAAGAUGCUGUUCUUUUCGUACCAUAGAGACACCUUCGAGUCCAUAAUAAAAAGAUUCUACGACGACUGGAAUGCUCCAAAAACGGAGGAAGAAAGGGAGACGAUGAUAAUUAAUGCUAAGAUCGGAAGAUUUAUAUCAGUUUUGGGUUCGAUAUUAACAGCAACAAUGAUGGUGAUGAGCAUCAGCCUUCGAACCUUUAUAAUCUACACUUCUGAUAAAAACGAAACGAAAUCAGAUCAGUUGGCCAUUUUUCCUGGAUAUUUUCCCUAUGAUCUUCAUAAAACAUCAUUACGCAUUUCCACUAACGUGGGUCAAGCGAUUGCUGCAUAUAUAAGCACGAUUGCAUACACUAGUAUCGAUACUUUUAUUGGUAUAUUGGUGAUUCACAUAUGUGGGCAAUUUGAGAUUUUGAAAACGAAAUUGGAAAGAUUAAUGGGAGAUGAAGAUUGUGGAAGAGAUGCAAAACAGAUUCAAAAAGAGUUGGUCUGGAUUGUGAAGAGACACGAAGAAUUGAACCAAUCAGCAGCCAAAAUCGAGGAAUGCUUUAACAUGUUAUUACUCACGCAAAUGUUGCUCGGCACCACUCAACUCUGUUUUCAAGGUUUUAUAGUCUUUAGUAACAGCGAAAUGAGCAAUUCUGCAUACGAAUCGAACUGGUUCAAUGUUUCUCCAUCGGAAUCUAAGUGUCUUUUAUUUAUCAUGCAAAGAUCUCAUCGACCCCUUUGCCUGACAGCAGGGAAAUUUAGUACUUUUUCCAUUGAAUUAUUUAGUACCAUUUUAAAAACAUCAAUGGGCUAUCUAUCAGUUCUACUGACAGUGGCGAGCAGCGAUUGA